AUGACGGAGCAGGAAUCGAGCGCCAACGUGGCUACGAGGGGUACGUAUCCACUAGCCCCGCAAAGCGGCAAGUCGCGGCAAUUCCUGGUCUGUCUUUCCUCCCUUUGCCAUUCCUUCCGCAUGGCCUUGUCAUCCGCCAGCAAGGAACGUUUUAUGACCUACGAAAUCCAGGAAUCCCGCCUAUUUACAUGCGUCCUUCACGAACAUUCCAUCGAGAUCAUCGACCGAGUCGGCACUGGCGUUGAGCUGCCCGGAUCCGACCCAACCACCCUCACCAUGCCCGAGACGGAUUCCCCAGGGAGGCAGCAUGCCUUGUCCCUGGAUGAACGAGACCCUCUCAGGUCAAUCCGGGGAGAGUUCGUCAUCCCCACCAAGAACGAAGUGACCAGCAAAACACUCCCUUCCCAAGGCAAGCUCCCAGGGGUCCAGGGCCACUUCAAGCCCAUCGACAAUUCGCCCUUACCGACAUGGCUCAACGUCGACGCGCUGGCUGCCAGCCUGAUGGCCCCCAUUGUCGGUGCUCAGGAAUCUGAGGUUGCUGUCAUGCAAACGCUGACUGCCAAUCUUCAUUUCCUGAUGUGUGCCUUUUACCGGCCAGACCGAAACGGUCGGCACAAAAUCAUUCUCGAGAGCAAGGCCUUCCCUAGCGACCAUAUUGCCGUUGAGACGCAGAUCCGUCUUCAUGGUCUUUCCCCAGCUGAAUCCAUGGUCUGCAUAGAGCCGCCGGCCCCCCACUCCCCCAUCCUAACCACAGACCACAUCCUCUCCACUGUCGCCGAGCACGCCUCGGACACGGCCGUACUACUUCUGCCGGGGAUUCAGUAUUAUACCGGCCAGUUACUCGACAUUCCCACCAUCACCGCCUUCGCGCGUGCUCGUUCCAUCUUUGUCAUCUGGGACCUCGCUCAUGCUGCCGGCAACGUGCCCCUCCACCUUCACGAUUGGGAUGUCGAUGCCGCUGCCUGGUGCUCGUACAAAUACCUCAAUUCCGGACCUGGUGGUAUCGCCUCGCUCUUCGUGCACUCUCGUCACACCGUGGUCGCGUCCGCGUCCGCCGCGAACCCCGAAGCCGCCCCUGAAGACGGGUUUGCCCCGCGCCUAGCUGGCUGGUGGGGCAACGACAAGGCCACGCGCUUUGCUAUGGAUACCACAGCAGCCUUCCGCCCUGUUCCCGGAGCGGCGGGGUUCCAACUCAGUAAUCCCAGCGUCCUUGACACGACUGCCCUAUGCGCGAGUCUAGAGGUCUUCGAGACUACGGGAGGCAUGGGCCCUCUACGGGAGAAGUCAUUGAGACUAACGGCCUAUCUCGAAUCCCUGCUCGAGGAAUUACCCGAGGAUGUGAAGAAUAUGUUUCAUAUCAUCACGCCGCGGGCGGCGAAAAAGCGUGGCGCGCAGCUGAGCAUCUUGCUGACGGACGAUGCGUUGCUCGGGCCCGUGAUGGAGACGUUGGAGGCGCGGGCAGUAAUCGUCGACGAAAGGAAGCCGAACGUGAUCCGAGUUGCCCCGGCGCCCCUAUAUAACAGUUUUACCGACUGCUACAACUUCGUAGACGAGUUUAGAAAGGCCUUGGAGAGCGCAGGCAAAGGCACCCAGCAGUAG